CAGACUGGAUUGUAAAAUUUCCCAGAUUUGGAGUUAUUCUUAUGAAGGCAUGCCAUCUGCUGGUUCCCUGGUGUAUCUGUCAAUUGGCCUGAAUUCUUUCACCCACUAAAUUAAAAUUCACGUGGAAGCAUUUGCGAGUUUGUGUGCUGGGCAGUUUUUCCACGUCCUUCCACUUCCCACUGCAGGUGCUAUUCUUUCAUUAAACCUGUCGAGGCUUCUUUUUCCUCCAACCUUCUUUUACCUGUUGGCUACUCUUAAAACCCGGAGAAACGGAAUCUCUUGAGCCCUGGAGCGACCAGACCGAUAUAAUUGGGCAUGCUCAGUAGGCUGGUCUGAUUUGGAACACAAAACAUGUCUUGAACGAGGGCUUUUGAUGCUGCCUGUUUCAGGACUAGCUGCAUCUUCGUCCUAGCUUUACAUUGGGAGAUUGCAGCCUCUCCUACCGUCUUGGCUUUGACACUUUUUCAUUUUAUCCGUGUACCCAGUUUUGGAGCCAGCCCUCCAGGAUCUCCUGGCCAAUCAAGAGACCACACAUUGUUGCCUAAGAGACCCCGGAUGCCAGCGAAAAGAUUUAUAGACGGUGAUUGGACUACUGGAAAGGGUGGGGGCUAGACAGAGUCAAAGACACAGCAGCUAUGGCAACAAACUGCGCUAGAGGCUUGAAGAGAAAGACGAACUAAAAGAGGUUUAGUUUUUCUUAUGGAACAAUAUCCAGCUAUUUCAUGAUGGCAUUUGCACCUCCAAAAAACGUAGACGGUCCCAAAAUGCAGACAAAGAUGAGUACUUGGACACCUCUAAACCAUCAGCUUUUGAAUGACCGGGUAUUUGAAGAAAGAAGAGCCCUGCUUGGAAAAUGGUUUGACAAAUGGACAGACUCUCAAAGGAGAAGAAUCCUGACAGGCCUGUUAGAACGCUGCUCCCUGUCACAGCAAAAGUUCUGCUGUCGAAAGCUUCAGGAAAAAAUUCCAGCAGAAGCGCUGGAUUUUACUACCAAGCUUCCUAGGGUGUUAUCUUUAUACAUCUUUUCUUUCCUGGACCCCCGAAGCCUUUGUCGUUGUGCACAGGUGAGCUGGCAUUGGAAGAACUUAACUGAACUGGAUCAGCUCUGGAUGCUCAAAUGUUUACGGUUUAACUGGUACAUCAAUUUCUCUCCGACUCCCUUUGAGCAGGGUAUAUGGAAGAAGCACUAUAUUCAAAUGGUGAAAGAGCUCCACGUUACCAAGCCCAAGACACCUCCAAAAGAUGGGUUUGUGAUCGCAGACGUUCAGCCAGUUACAAGCAGUUCUCUGGAGGCAAAGCUGUCUCCUUCAUUAGCUUUCCGGUCCUCGUCCUCUUUAAGAAAGAAGAACCACCCAGCGGAGAAAGAUCUCCCACCCUGGCGAUCCUCCGACAAGCAUCCAACUGAUAUCAUUCGCUUCAAUUACCUGGACAACUGUGACCCCAACGAGCAAAGCUGGCAAGGAAGAAGAAAAAGACAUGAAGUGACCCUGGAGUUCAGCCAACAGUCACGUGAUAAGAAAAAGAAAUUGCAGGACAGAUCUAAACUAAGAAAAGCACAUUCACUGAUCUCCCUGAGUGCAGAGCUCAGCUCCCCUCUGCAUGUUUCAGCCCAUCCUGCCUGGCCUCCUCCUCCGUCAGUGGGGCUCCCAGCCACCAAAGCAGCAACAAAAACUCUCCUGCAGCAUCUCCAGAGACACUCCGGGCUUCAAGCAUUACCCCAGGCCUUAUAGCCGAAGAUGAUUUAAAGAUGUGAAAGGACUUCUCUAGAAAUGACACGACGCAAUGCAGGUUGGAGAGUUGGAUGUUCCUUGGCUCCUCUGUUAGAAAUAGUCUAGGUACCUCAUUGUGCAAGUGAUACAGUGUUUCAGUAAAAAGUAUUCAUGACACGAAGGUUGACAUAUUUAUAAACUUAGAUAGAAAUGUUGAGGAUACCAUGGGGUUGAUAAAGGGAUGGAUGAGGCAGGGUCCUGGAAGCCAGCACACUCCCAGGGCUGCUUGAGCAGUUUAAAGAUGGGGCUGUUGACCGUGAUGUCUGAGUUUGUCAUGGCUGUCAUAACAAAGUGCCACUGGCUGAGUCCGUUCUGGCCGCUAUAACAAAACACCCCCUGAUGAGUAGCUUAUAAACAGCAGAUAGUUAUUUUCUCACAGUUUUGGAGGCUGGACGUCCAUGAUCAGGGUGUCAGCAGGGUUGGUUUCUUUUGAGGCAUCUCUCCUUGGCUUGCAGACGGCCACCUUCUCCCUGGGUCCUCACACGGUCUUCCUUCUGUGUGCAUCUGUGUCCUCAUCUCUUAUUAUAAGGACACAAGUCAGACUGAAUUAGGGCCCACCCAUAUGACUUCACUGAACCUGAAGUACCUCUUUGAAGACCUUAUUUCCAAAGACAGUCACGUUCUGAGGUCUUGGGGGGUGAGGACUUCAACAUAGGAACUUGGUUGGGGGGAUGCAGCUCAGCCCAUUAACGCUCCCCAUGGGCAGGGCUAAGAGAAUCAAGACGAGCUGGCGAGGCACCUGGAAAUUAGCAACAGCGGAAACCUUUCUCCUUCAGCCUGGAAGCGCGGAAGAGAAAGGUCAUGCUAUUCCUAGAAUCCAGUAAAGUGGAACCCCGGAGUGGGCCACCCAGCUACCAGGCACAGAGUAGUACACAGCACAGUGUGAUCACCGUGGAAAUCAGGGCCUGGCAGGGAGGAAAGAGGAAGAAGUCAGAGAACAGAGAAGCCUGCAGGCUGCAGCUGGUCAAUGUCAGCCUUUGAGGCGGGGAGUGGGGCCGACGGGUGUGGCCGGGAGUGGGCGGGGAGGGCGAGGAUUUGAGGAGGACAAUGAGAAAUAAGCAGCUGGUGGAGGAGCCGCAGUAGACAUUUCCAAAGGAGGAAUUACGAUAGCAAUUCAGGCAAUGUCAAUGGGCUUUAAAGAGUUACUGAAGAACAGAAAAUGCUACUUAGCUGUGAAGAUAUUCAUCGUACAUUCUCAACUCAGCCACCUACUCCUGUCACCAUUUCAAGGUCCCAGAAGUUGCCAUUCUAGGAUACUUAUUUGGGUAAGUAAAGCAGAAUGGUAGAAAGACAAAUAUGUUUGUCAAUCAUGCCAUGUUGAGCACUUAUGUUCUUAUUCUGUAUACUGUAAUGUGUGUAUUUUUGAAUGGUUUGAAAUGGUGGCCUGGCGGGAUGGCCCAGGAUACAGUGGUUUGGAUACCUGAAUGAUCGGUGGAGACAAAACACGACCAACUUACAGUGGAUUCCUGGUUUGCACCUCCCAGGGUGAGGCUAACGUGUGGCACUGAGAGAAGAAGGAAAACACGCCAGGAGUGAGACCUGCUGUUCUUCCCACGCGCGAAGCAGACAGCUGUCAGUUAGCUUCCUCUUCCGGGGGCCUGAGCCCA